AGGCGCGGGGCGCGGGGACAGUGGCGGACGGCGCCGCGGCAUGCGGCUUCUCGCUCUGCCCACCGUGGGCUGAGGCGGCCGCAGCGCGGGCGGGAGGCGCGGCGGCCGGCGAGCCGAGGGCGCUGCCAGCCAGACAGACCGCGGACAGCGGUCGGGGCGCCGCGCCAUGGGCCGAGCCGGAGGCGGGGGCCCGGGCCGGGGAGCGCCGCCGCUGCUGCUGCUGCUGGGGGCCGCGCUGGUCCUCGCCGCCGGGGCCGCGCCGGCGCGCGAGGCGGGCAGUGCCGUCGAGGCGCAGGAGCAGGUGAAGAGCGCCCGAACGUGGGAGCCGCGUGCCAACAGCACGCGGGAGAAGGCCGGCCUGCCCGCAGCUGGGAAAGAUGAGACCUCGUGGACCGCGCCCGCCGGCGAGCAGGCCUCGGUGGGCCAAGGGGUCGGGGCGGAAGAGACGCUGGAGGCAUCUGCGGCGGUGACAGACACCGCCUGGCUGGAGGCUGACAGCCCAGGCCUGGGAGGAGUGACCGCAGAGGCAGGCAGCGGGGACACGCAGACCCUUCCAUCCACUCUCCCGGCUCCUGAUGAGGUCCUCGGGCAAUCACUGAUGCCUCCCACUGCCCCUGAGGCGACAGAGGCUAGAGGACCACUCUCCCCCACCCCUGGUGACAAGCUGAGCCCAGGCUCUGACAUCCCCAAGGAGAGCCCCUUGGAGGUUUGGCUGAACCUGGGCGCAAGCACACCUGACCCCCAUGGGCCAGAGCCCACACACCCCUUUCAGGGCACACUGGAGCCCCAGCCGGCUUCAGAUGUAAUUGACAUCGACUACUUCGAAGGAUUGGAUAGUGAGGGCCGUGGUGCUGACCUGGGGAGUUUCCCAGGGUCACCAGGAACCUCAGAGCACCAUCCUGAUACUGAGGGAGAGACCCCUUCCUGGAGCCUGCUGGACUUAUACGAUGACUUCACCCCCUUUGAUGAAUCUGAUUUCUACCCCACCACAUCUUUCUAUGAUGACCUGGAGGAAGACGAGGAGGAGGAGGACGACAAGGAUGCAGUGGGCGGGGGAGACCUGGAAGAUGAAAGUGACCUACUGGUGCCCACCGAGCGGCCUGGUCUGGGGCCCGGCACGGGCCAGCCCACCAGUCGGUGGCACGCUGUCCCUCCACAGCACACUCUGGGGAUGGUCCCCGGCAGCAGCAUCGCCCUCAGGCCCCGCCCAGGAGAGCCAGGCCAGGAUCUGGUCCCCGGCGGGAACGGCACUGAGUGCCGCAGCGGCUUUGUGCGGCACAACGGCUCCUGCCGGUCAGUGUGCGACCUCUUCCCGAGUUACUGUCACAACGGCGGCCAGUGCUACCUGGUGGAGAACAUAGGGGCCUUCUGCAGGUGCAACACUCAGGACUACAUCUGGCACAAGGGGAUGCGCUGUGAGUCCAUCAUCACCGACUUCCAGGUGAUGUGUGUGGCUGUCGGCUCGGCUGCCCUCGUACUGCUCCUGCUCUUCAUGAUGACCGUGUUCUUUGCCAAGAAACUCUAUCUGCUCAAGACGGAGAAUACCAAGCUGCGGAGGACCAACAAAUUCCGGACCCCAUCUGAGCUCCACAACGAUAACUUCUCCCUCUCCACCAUUGCUGAGGGCUCUCAUCCAAAUGAUGAUCCUAGUGCUCCCCACAAAAUCCAGGAAGUUCUCAAGUCCUGCCUGAAAGAGGAGGAGUCAUUUAACAUCCAGAACUCCAUGUCUCCCAAACUUGAGGGUGGCAAAGGUGACCAGGCUGACUUGGAUGUGAACUGUCUUCAGAAUAACUUGACCUAAAGCAGAGCAAGAAGAGAGGAAGUGGGGGGCGGGGGGUAGGGGAAGAAACAUUAUCUCCUCUUGUACAGUCUAUUUCUUGUAACCAUUUGUUAAACUCUUCUUUUUCUGAUCUCAUGGCAUGCUUUGGUGUAUUUUGUACAGGAGGGGAAAAACACAAAAUAAGCAAAGAACCUGAACAGGAUUGCAUACAUUGGAUUGUUUUGUCUGUGCUGUCUGUACAUUGCUUCUGCGGCUGUGAUUUCUAAACCUAUGCUGUUAUUCAACUGACUUUUUUUUUGUACUUUGACCCACCUUUUUUUGAAAUACCAGUAAAAAACAAAGUUCUUGAAAUAAAACUUUUUAAAAAGCUAUCUAUUUUCCUAUGUCACUGUGUCUACUCCUUAC